CACCCGAUCGCCAGAAGCAGUGAAAGUCUGCUGCUGCCGCGCGGAUAUGCAGGAAACAAUUGCAUAGUGUGAAGACAUGUAUUGAACGCAAUGGCCAACUGCAAUCGCGUCUGGGUGCAGCACCGGAGUCCGGACAUGUCCAGUGGGGCCUGUCGGCUGUAAUGCGAUGCCGGACCGCCAUAGUGUGAAAAGAUGCUUAAAGCAACCCUCCGCUGCAGAGUUUGCGAGGACGAAAUCAAAAUUAGACCUUCAACGAAUUUAAUUUGUGGACAUUUCUUAUGCAUAGAAUGUAUAGACCAGAUGGUUCCAGCAACAUCUGAUGUAAGGUGUCCUGAUUGUCACGACCUCUUUGUUGCCAGAGAAUCAUCAAGUAUCAGACUUUCUUUCCCUUCGAUUAGUUUUUCUUAUCCUCUUUUAUCACCUGAAUUUCAAGAUGCUGUGCAGCAUGUCUCAAGCAGAACGAGCAAAAAUAGUUUGGAAAACUAUACAAAGAUAAACAGUAUUUAUAUUGAUGACUAUGGACAGGGACCAUUUUGGAGAAUUUUUUCUGCCGAAUAUACGUGCCAGAUCACAUCGUUAAAAAGUCAGCAGAGUUCAUACGGGGUGAGGCAUCACAUUACGUAUGCUGUUUUGCCCUCAUUCUCAACCAACCAAGUGCUUAGAACUUAUGGAGAUUUUGAGAGUCUGUUCAUUGACUUUUCAGUUACAUAUCCCUUUGUUGUAACACCUCCUCUGCCAGGAAAGCAGUUGAUAGGUAGCUGCACUGAAGAAUUCAUUGAAAAACAAAGGUCACUGUUGCAAAGCUGGAUAGACCGUAUUUGUCGCCAUCCUGUGCUCUCUCAGAGCAAGAUAUUUCAGCAGUUCAUCACUGCUAGUAAUGAGAAACCAUGGAAAGACAGUAAUGAAGACAGAAACACCCAGAAACCAACAAUUGAGUGUCUCUUUAAUGGCAUUAAGUUACAGAAUUCAUCCGAAGUGGCAGAUAUUCCGCAAAUAGUCAGAGAACAAGAACUUUUCAUAAGUACAUUAAACAAAGAACUUGUGUACUUUCACAAUAUUUGUAGAAUAAUUGCAAAUGGUUAUAGAAAUGCUUACAAGCAGGAAUAUGAUAACCUUAGUUUUGCUUUCCAGAAGUUUAGUGAAGCCUUAGUAACAGAGAGGUCUAAUCUUUCAAUAAUCAUGCACCACUUAAGCAAAGCUUAUUUAGACAUUGGAAACAUUUUCGAGACGGUAGAUGGGAAAGACUGGAGGUCCUUGGAAAACUUGUUUCUUGAGUACCAAAGUUUGCUAGAUGGACUGAACAAGUCUUGCUGUUUUGCCAGUAGAACCUUGAGCCAAUGCAGACCCAGUCCCCAUGAUGAAAAUUUCACGCUCAAGGCGCAUACAUUUCAAAAUAACAGUGAAGAAACCAAUAUUUCUAGUGAUUCGUCGCCAAGAGCAGAGGAAAGCAAAGUUGUAGUUUAUGCCUUGCAAGCAGAAAUUUCGCAUUUUCACCAACAAAUCACCAGGGAUUUUGGAACUGCCAUAAAAACUUUCAUUGUGGACCAGAUUCACUUGUAUCAGAGAAUUACAGAGAGACUUAGAAGGGGAUUGGAAAGGAUAAUUAGUGGCGAUGAAGAGAAUUCUGCAUCUUCCUUUGGAAUCUGACAUUUCUUCCUGAUGCAUUUAUCCUGAAAUCUGGCUUCUGCUUCAAUAAAUAUUAAAGAUCUUCUGACUUAUGCCCAUGAGUUUUGUGCCAUCAUAAGGAAACAAAAGAAAAAAGAGCAAUCUUUCAUAUUCUCUUGAGGACUGAACUUUUGCUUGAGAAUUAGUUUCAGUCCCAUGUUUUGAUAUCCUGUACCAGGAUCAUCGUUGGACACUGUUAAUGGUGCCCCAAAAUAAUUACACUAGAAGAAAGCAUGAAAUAAGCCCACAUAAUCAUUGGGAUCUUAUUCUUACUUUUCUGAGACUGUUUUUUCAUUGUUGCCACACUGGUAAUUUUUAAUUCAAAGCAUGAAGAGGCUUCUUUCAGACAUUUAUAGAUGACAUGCUGAAUGAUUCACAGGAAAUGUGACUUUUCUUAAUAUCAGAAGCAAAAUAUAUAUAUAUAUAUAU